GACAACGGGGUGAUUUUAUUGCUCACUAGUAAAAAUAAAUGUCACGGGAAAGUUGCCGUUUGUAGUUCAAACGAUCAUUCACUUGAAGACGCUGGAGGACGAUUUGCAAAAAAGGCUGCUGCACAGUGUAGCUCGGACAUUGUGAGUUCCCAAACGCUGGUGAAAGGGACAGAGUGGGCAAUGAAAAUGGACAUGGAGGAUGCUGACAUGACUCUGUGGACAGAGGCUGAUUUUGAAGAGAAGUGCACAUACAUUGUAAAUGAUCACCCCUGGGAUCCCAGCGAUGAUGGAAGCACCAUAACUCAGGCAGAGGCGUCCUUGCCAAGGAACUUGACUUUCAAAUAUACAUCGAACUGCAAAGAGGUUACUGGAGUUGUAAGUAAAGAGUACAUCCCAAAAGGAACACGUUUUGGACCUCUGGUAGGAGAGAUCUAUACCAACGAUACAGUUCCCAAGAAUGCGAACAGAAAAUACUUUUGGCGGAUCUAUUCCAGUGGUGAACUUCACCACUUCAUUGAUGGAUUUAAUGAGGACAAGAGCAAUUGGAUGCGCUAUGUGAACCCAGCCCAUUCUGUUCAGGAACAGAAUUUGGCAGCUUGUCAGAAUGGAAUGAACAUCUAUUUCUACACUAUCAAGCCCAUCCCUGCCAACCAAGAACUACUUGUGUGGUAUUGUCCGGACUUUGCAGAGAGACUGCACUAUCCUUCCUCCAGAGAGCUGAUGAUGAAUCUCACACAAAGCCACGUUAAUCCAAAGCAGCAAAGCACUGAUAAAAAUGAGCUUUAUCAGAAAAGUAUCCCAAAGAGAGAGCAUAGUGUGAAAGAAAUUCUGAAAACUGAACCCAACCAUUCAAAAGGAAAGGACUUAUUCCAGACUAACAUUUCACCAAUUACUUCAGAAAAACACUUCGAUGACUUGAGAAAAAACUAUAGCCCGGAAAGGUCUUUCUUUCCUCGUGUUGUCUAUCCAAUCCGACCUCACAUUCCAGAAGAUUAUUUGAAAACUUCCCUAGUUUAUGGGAUGGAAAGACCUAGCUACAUUACUCACUCACCCAUCCAGUCUUCUACCACACCAAGUCCUUCAGCAAGGAGCAGCCCAAACCAAAGCUUAAAAAGCUCAAGCCCUCACAGCAGUCCGGGGGUUACAGUUUCACCUCUGGCACCUACUUCUCAAGAACAUAGAGAAUCUCACUCAUAUUUGAAUGGACCCUAUGGUUCAGAAGGAUUGGGGUCUUAUCCUGGAUAUGCACCCUCUAGCCAUCUCUCACCAUUUUUAUCCUCUUAUAAUUCCCACUUUCAAAAAUUCCUGUUAUCGCCGUACAGUAUGAGCUGUAAUAAUCUGAGCGCUUUGAACAAUAUCAACGGCAUCAACAAUUUCAAUCUGUUCCCAAGGAUGUAUCCUCUCUAUAGCAACCUACUCAGUGGAGGAAGCAUUUCCCAUCACAUGCUGAACCCAGCUCCUCUGCCAAGUUCAUUGCCACAACCCGAUCAUCCAAGAGAUUUCCUCAUACCAGCACCUAACAGUGCCUUUUCCAUCACAAGCGCUGCUGUCAGCAUGAAAGACAAACCAUGCAGCCCCACCAGUGGGUCCCCCACAGCUGGCACAGCAGCCACUUCAGAACACAUAAUGCAACCUAAACCUACCUCAGCAGUAUUGGCUGCCACCAGUGAAGAAGCCAUGAAUCUCAUUAAAAGUAAGAGGAAUAUGACUGGUUACAAAACCCUUCCAUAUCCACUGAAGAAGCAGAAUGGGAAGAUCAAGUAUGAAUGCAAUGUUUGCUCCAAGACCUUUGGCCAGCUCUCCAAUCUGAAGGUCCACCUCAGAGUACAUAGUGGAGAGAGACCAUUCAAAUGUCAGACUUGCAAUAAAGGGUUCACUCAGCUGGCUCAUCUCCAGAAGCACUAUCUGGUACACACAGGAGAAAAGCCUCAUGAGUGUCAGGUUUGCCAUAAACGAUUCAGCAGCACUAGCAAUCUAAAGACCCAUCUGCGACUCCACUCUGGAGAAAAGCCUUAUCAGUGCAAGCUGUGCCCUGCUAAAUUCACCCAGUUUGUGCACCUGAAGCUGCAUAAGCGUCUCCAUACUAGGGAACGGCCACACAAGUGUGUCCACUGCCACAAGAGCUAUAUUCACCUCUGCAGCCUCAAAGUCCAUCUGAAAGGCAAUUGCCCUGUAGCCUCUGCCUCUGGCCUCUCAGUGGAGGACCUGAAUCGUAUCAAUGAAGAGAUUGAGAAGUUCGACAUCAGUGACAGUGCGGACAGGUUGGAAGAUGUGGAGGACAAUAUCGAUACGGCAUCUGUUGUCGAAAAAGAAAUACUGGCCAUGCUCAGAAGAGAGAUAGAAGGAGUUAGUCUUAAAGUAUCUUUGCAGAGGAACAUGGGAAAUGGACUUAUCUCCUCAGGAUGUAACCUUUACGAAUCUUCAGACAUGUCAAUUAUGAAGUUGCCUCAUGGUCAUCCACUACCUCUGUUACCUAUAAAGGUCAAGAAAGAAACAGUUGAACCAAUGGACCCUUAAGACUCUUCCCCCCCACCCACCCAAGAAGGGAUUUUUAUUUAUGACUUGGUGAGUCAGGGUGCCUGUAGCAAUUGCUUGUACAUAGUUUCUAUGCUGCAAAGCAAUCUUGGCUUACAGUAGUUUCCCUCAUCCUCCAGUUGAAAGAAGGAACUCCAAAGUUAUUGUAUUCUCAGGGCAUGAAAAGAGGCAAGGACUAUGUAUUGCCUCCCACUUACUAAAAGACGAUCAUCAAUCCAUAAUUACUUUUUCAAUGACAGUACUUAAUAAUUUAUUAUGCAAUUUACCAUUCUAAAAGCAAUAAUUAGCAAACGUUUACAAUGACCAGAAAAUUCGUUGUAAUUUUGAAUAUAAAUCUUUAUAUUUUUGUCUUGUGGCCAUUCCUUGUAGAUAAUUUUUUUUUCUCUGCACAUCUCUUUUAAAAACCUAAGAUUGGGGGGAAAACAUUACUUCAGUAAAUGUGUCUAUGUACCAGUGUUUUUGAAAAGGAGGUUUUUUUAUUGCCAAAGGUGGGUAUUUGACAUGUUACAUGGUUUGAAAAGUGCUGUGUACUUUCAUGAAGC